AUGCCCCUACGCAUCACCUCAGCCCCAGUGUCUGGUAUGAAAAAACGAAAAUCAGUCACCACACCGCGGACUCGCGCUUCACCCUUCGCCAGUCAUGCGCGCUCCAAACCAUCCGUGCGCGGAAAUGCGCAGGCUAAAUCAAACCUUCAGACCGAAGGAGGGGAUGGUGAUGGAUGCAUGAGCGAUUCUGAGCCUUUACCCGACAUCGGUAGCUCGCAAUAUGUGACCGAGCUAGUAAAAUUAACCGGUGUGAUGCAAGCAAUGCAACAUGUAAAACAGUCCAUGUUCGAGGAGUUACCGGAACGAAGGGCGGGCAUGAACAGUACUCGUAUUGCAGCAGUGCUAAACGUCCGCAAAUCACUGCCGCCGCUGGUGUCGGUUGCGCAUAUACAUACGGUCUUGCAGGCGCCAACGCAGGUAGAGCGAGAGAUUGUUUCGCUUGUUCAGUCGGGGCAGUUGAAGAGGUUGAUUGUUCCUGGGAGAGGAAAUGGUGCCGCUGGCUUGGGAGAUUGCUUGGUGAUGGCGAGUGAUCUGCACGAGUUGGUGCAGAUGAGUAGUGAUCUGGACCAAGCUCUCAAAGAUCGGUUCUUGAGCAUUCUUGACCAAAUGUCAAAUACAUCAGCCAUCCCAUCCCUGGCAUUUUCUCGUGAAGAAUCAAUCUCUCUCGUGCGAGCUGGCUUUCUCGUGACAGCAUCAUCACUAUCCAAGGAGGCCGUCAAUCUCACGUCCGUGCGUGCCUAUUCUACAGAAGUCGACGACACUAGACAAGACUCCAUUCAGUCUCGCGCACCAGCAUUUUUCUUGUCUUUGCCCAACACAGGACCUUAUCUACGCCUCCUGAGUGCAGCCCGCUCUCAUUUACUAGCUUUGUUGAGACAGUCCAAGUACCACGAAGCACCGCUAACUCUUCUCCGUGACCGCUGGGAGGGCGCUGUCGAGUCAAAUCACAGUUUCAGCAUGGCGAAGCGGAUUAGAGGGGAGUUUAGUGGUGUCCUACCCGGUAGGACGAAGAAAUGGAAGGAGUUCAAUGGGAUGGGUUUUCGUUGGAUUCUAGAGGAGGCUCUUGGGGCUGGGCUUGUGGAGAUUUUUGAUACGGGGAGUGUGGGUCCUGGUAUACGCUGUUUGUGA